CCCCGCCCCGGGGGAGGUGGAGCGACAGUGGCUCCCGCCUCGGCACCGUGUGGCCCGGCGCGGCGCCAUGGAGGGGCUCUGGAGGGCCGAGGUGCCUGAAGACACCGUUCGCUACCGCCUCUUCGCGGCGGCGGGUGCGGGAGCGGGCGCGGGUGUCGAGGCGCUGCUGCGGCGCUGUGCUGAGGCGAUUGUGGUGCGCUUCGCGCCCCUCCUGUCCGCCUACAUCUGGCAGCGGCAGCCAUUCCGCCUGCGCUGCGUGCCGGCGCGGGGCGAGACCCCGGCACACAUCGGCGGCACGACGCAGUUUGGGGAUAACGUGGAGGACGAGUGGUUCAUCGUUUACCUCAUCCAGGAGAUCACCAGGGAGUUCCCGGAGCUGGCGGCCAGGAUCGAUGACAAUGAUGGAGAGUUUCUCUUGAUAGAAGCAGCUGAUUUUCUCCCAAAGUGGCUGAACCCUGAGAACAGUGACAACAGGGUGUUCUUUUACAAAGGAGAACUGCACAUCAUCCCUCUGUCAGACACUCAGGAGCAGGACGGUGACCUCUCUGAUGCAAGUCCAACAAUCUCAGAGGCUUUAACCCUGUUAUCCAGACGUUCUGAGGAGUUCCUGGCUGCAGAACCUAUCAGAACAGCACUGCAUAAACGUAUUAGUGGGUAUCCAGAGAGAAUCCAGGCCUCCUUUCACCGAGCCCACUGCUACCUUCCAGCAGGCAUUGUGGCAGUGCUGAGGCAGCGCCCUUCCCUGGUGGCUGCAGCUGUCCAGGCUUUUUACCUCCGAGAUCCUGUGGAUCUACGGGCAUGUCGCUCCUUUCGGACCUUCCCUCCAGAGCAGUGUGUGAUGGCUGCUGUUACUUUCACAAAGUGUUUAUAUGCACAGCUGAUGCAGCAGAAGUUUGUUCCAGACAGACGCAGUGGAUACGUGCUGCCCCUCCCAUCUCACCCUCAGUACAAAGCCUAUGAGCUGGGCAUGAAGCUGGCUCAUGGCUUUGAAAUUUUGUGCUCCAAGUGCAGUAAAGUACAUCCUGAUGCCAAGAGAAGUGUGUUAAGUGGUCCCCUGUGGGAGAGAUUCCUCAGCAGUCUGAAGGAAAAACAAUAUUUCAAGGGAGAAAUGGAAGGAUCUGCUAAGUACAUGGAGCGGUUGCAUAUGGCAGAAGAUUACUUCCAGCAAUCUGUUACCAUUCCAGAAAGCUCUAUUGAAGUGAGCCCAGGGGAGGAAAUCUUGACAUUGCUACAGACAACAACUAUUGAUGUCAAGGAAUUUGAGAGAGAAGCAGAUUGUCUUCCUCCAGAGGAUGAUGACAGCUGGCUGGAGAUUACACCAGAUGAUCUGGAUCAGAUGCUGAAGGAUGCAAGAAAUGAGCCCUUUCCUUCCUCAAAUGAGGAAGAGCAGAACUAUAACUUGGAAGCAGUUGCUGAAAGUAUGAAGGCUUUUGUAUCCAAAGUCUCAACACAUGAAGGAGCAGAAAUGCCAUGGUCAUCUGAUGAAUCCCAUGUUACCUUUGAUGUAGAUUCUUUUACAGAAGCACUGGACAGAAUUUUAGGGGCAGACUCAGAAGAGCUGGAUUCUGAUGAUCUGGAUGAAGAGCAGGAGUUUGACUUCUCAGAUGAGGAUGAUGAAGACUCAGUCACUGAAAAUCAAAGCCAAGACCAGGAGGUGUCACCUGAUGCUCUCAUAGGCAGUCUCAAGUCAUACAUGGACGAGAUGGACCGUGAGCUAGCACAGACCAAUGUUGGUAAAAGCUUCAGCACCCAAAAGAAAGCAGCAAGUCCUGGCCCUGAUUCUGGAGCUGAAGAUACUGAGCUGACACCAGUUGAUGUGGAUAUGAAUCUAGUAGCCAACCUUCUUGAAUCUUACAGUGCUCAGUCUGGACUGGCAGGACCAACCUCUAACAUUUUACAGAGCAUGGGAGUGUUUUUACCUGAAAAUACAGAUCGUAUUUGCUCUAAUAAGGGAGGAAAAGAGUAAAAGACUGUCUUAAUUCAGAAGGUAUGGCUGAUUGAGAAGUGAAGCACAGAGAACCAGAAGUAUCUGGAAGAAGUAACAAAAGGUUUGAAUUUAACACAUUGUGUGCAUUAAUUAUGUGUGACUCCAAAGGUACACAGUGAAUUUACCUGCAAGAACCAGCUACUUGGAUUCUAUCUUGGAUAGAAAUAGGAUUCUUCCAGUUCUAACAUGUUUUCAGAAAACAGAUGUGAUGUUCUGACUUAAAUCAAACUUCUCUCAUAAAACCUGUCUUCAGGUUUAUAAAUCAAUGAUCCAAUUUUCUAUAUGUCUAAAAUGUCUUUUUUACCCAGUACAAGGUGGUUUCACUAUCUGGAAAGCAUUUCAUGUCCUGAAACUGCUCCUGCCUUCAGGGGGAGAUGGAGGAAUACUGUAUUAUAGGAACAGUGUUCUCUCACAGACUGCAAGUGCUGGGUAAGUGUCCAGCAGACAUUUAAUCAUCAUUACAAAGUACAGUAAGUACAGUAUUGUAAGAACUUCUGAUAACUGCUGUAAGAAUCUGUUCUUUAUUAACCAGAAGGAUUUGAAGAGUAAUUAGAUUGAAUAUGUACAAACUGGCUAUAAGUAUUUUUUUAAUUUAUUUAAAUAAAACCAGAAAUACAACGUGAUUACU